UUGAGGUUGUGUGUUUUAAAGUUGUAAUUUUGUCAUUAAAAUUAAUUUGUACUACUUCCAAUAUUAAAAUUGUUGUGCUAUUUUUACACAACCUUUCGGAAGGAUUAUUCAACUACUAUGUACUAGGGUGUUCUGUUAUAAUGGCUUCUGAGGAUAAUUGUAACGAUGAGCCUCUUGCAGCAGAAGAAAUUGGCAACAAAAUAAGACAACAAAAAAGCAGCGUGGUCUCCCCAAUCGAUAUUUCUCUGCAGAAAGUUGAAAUUUUAAAAGCUAAACGACUAAAGUGGUUUAACUUUUUUGAGCCUCCUUCAAAACUAGUAUUGAGGAAUAGUGGAAAUUCAGUCAGGAUCCAAGGUCAAUGGCCUCACCAGAAGCCGACACUGUGUGGUGGUCCACUAGACACACCAUAUGUAUUUUCUCAGAUCCAUUUCCAUUAUGGCAUGUCAAGUCAUGUGCACAACACUCACACAAUUAAUGGAAAGAGCCCACCCCUAGAGAUGCAUGUGGUGUUUUAUAACUCCAGUUACAAAACUCAGGCCGAAGCUUUAGGAAAGAAUGAUGGAAUUUUAAUUGUAGCCUAUUUUUUCAAGGUGGAACCUCAGUCAAGCAUCGGAUGGUUGACAGAUCACCUGGGACAAGUGACUUCCACAAAGACAGUCACACAACUUCCCUCCGGUCCACUGAGUGCUCUAGUGCCUCCCUUCACUCAGGACUACCUGGCCUACUGGGGAGCCUUGUCUUGCACCUGUCACCAGGCGUUGUGGCUGCUGUCUCGGUCACCUCUGAGCAUCACCGCUGAGGAGCUUAGAAAAUUUGGUGAAUUGCAGUGUGACUUGAAAGAGAGGAUCAACAAUGAGGAAUUGAAAAGUGCGAAAGUUGAAGAAAACAUACAAGUAUAUUUAAUAAAUCCAACAAACGAGAGUCAGGAGGUGUUAUUAUCUGACCCCAUCAAUCCACCUCUACAAAUAUCCAAGCCACCUAAAGGAUCAGCUCUGGAUGGCGAAACUGUGAGAGACAAUAAAACAAAAAAUACAUCUCAUGAGGCACUUGUGAAAUCCAACUCUAAGGUACUAGAGAAGAAUAGCACACUGAAAGAGGUUCUUACUUUGAAACCACUGCAACUUAGUGAGACAGAUAGCCGAAAUAUUUCCACCACAAACCAGAAUUCUUCAUCCCCAGGAAAAAUAAAUGAAUUGGAAAAUAAAGAUGAAAAUGUCAGGGAAGUGAAAACUGAGAUUAUAAAAGAUGAUGAGCAAAGGAAGUUGAUUGAAUUAUUGAGGGAAGUAAAAGAAUCAGCGAUGAAGUGGUUGGAUGUUGAGAAAGAAGAAGCUCAUUCGAUGAACAUCUCUGUUGAUGAACUGAAGGAAUCCUUAUUGAACACAGCUGGGUCAAAAGAAAAUCCAAAUGAGAUCAUUACUAAUGAAUUAAUUCAUAUUCUGCAAAUUGUUAAAGGUAAAUCUUCAUGUCAAGAGAGUACUCUUACAUCUAAUCCAAAGUCAGUUUUGGUAGAAAAUAAUUAUCCAUGUAAAAAAGAAAAUGUAGAGAAUAUUAAUGUAAUUGUAUCUGAUGAAUGUAAGGAGAUGUGUAAAAAUACACAAAGUGAUGAUUUGGUUGAAGAAAAAGAAUGCAAGAAGAAAUCUGAACCUACCAAAUCCAAAGUACCUGUAAAGUUUACGCCCUGGAAACCGCAUGAAGGACUUAAAUCUUCACUCACACCUUUCUUUAGUGGUUCUAAAGGUGGGCCGCCUUUACAGAAGCCAGAUCCUGCUAGCAGUAUGGUGAAAAAGACAACUCGCAUACCAAGACUCAACCAGAAAUCCAUUAAAAAUAAUGAAACUGCACCACGUGAAAAUGACCUCGGUGGAGAAGGGGACCAUGUUACUAGUCUAAACAGUGCAAGAAAACCAAGUAAAAAGGCACGGUCAACAAUUUCAUCUAAUGUAAAAUCCAAAUAA